AUGGCAGCUGAAGCAGUCAUUGGAAUAUUUGCUAUCAUGGGGAACGUUUUAGUGAUCUGGGCAGUGAAAAUGAAUCCAGCUCUGCAGGAUACAACUUUUUACUUCAUUGUCUCUCUGGCAGUAGCUGACUUGGCAGUUGGAGCUUUAGCUAUACCUCUGGCCAUAAUCCUGACCUUGGAGAUACAAAUGUACUUUCAUGCCUGCCUGUUUAUUUGUUGUGUGAUCAUCAUAAUGACAAAUGCAUCUAUUUUAUCUCUAUUGGCCAUAGCUCUUGACAGAUACAUGAGAAUUAAGGUACCAAACAGGUACAGAAGUGUGGUCACCAAAAAGAGGACCUGUGUGUGUAUUUUCUUGUCCUGGACUUUGUCAGCAGCUGGGGCACUAGUGCCGAUGUUUGGAUGGAACAACAGGUCUAGAGUUAAAGAAGAAGAAAAUAGUACCUUUAAAUGUAUGUUUUCCAGUGUCAUGAGAUUUGACUUCCUUGUUUACUUUUACUUUUUUUGGUUGGGUUAUUUUCCCCUUAUUCACAAUGACAGGUUUAUAUAUAAGAAUCUUUCAGUUUAUAAAAAAGCACAUGAAACAAAAUAUCUCCAGCUUCCAGGACAAAACAUUUGCUUAUGGAAAAGAACAUAA